UGCGCAUCAGGGGUCUGGAACCGCUCGGGUUCUGCACGAGUCCUGAGCAGUGAAGCUCAAGGCACACUAAGUAUUUACACUGCUCCAGUUUUAGUAAAGUAACGAUGAUGUCUUGCGACCAUGACUGCCAAAAAUGACUCGUACGGGCUCUAUAACUGGACCGAGUGUAACGGGACCGGGGCGCACCACCCGCCCGUGCACCUCUCUCGCGCGCUGCCACUGGCAAUAGUCCUGGGGACGUUCAUCGUCUUCGCGGCGGUCGGCAACGCGCUGGUCGUGGCGUCGGUGCUGCGUGACAGGCGCCUGCGCGCACCCACACACUGGCUCAUUGCGAACCUGGCGGCGGCGGACCUCCUGCUAAGCGUCGCCGUGCUGCCGGUGUCUUCAGCGCACGAGAUCCUUGAACGCUGGGCGUUUGGGAGCGUUUUCUGCGACGUGUGGGCCGCGCUGGACGUCUUGUGCUGCACGGCGUCCAUCCUGAGCCUGUGCGUCAUCUCCGUGGACCGGUACGUCGGCGUGAGCCGUCCGCUUGCUUACUCACGCAUCGUGACGCGCCGCCGCGCCGCGCUCGCCGCGCUCUCAGUGUGGCUCGCUUCCCUGCUCAUCUCCGUGGGGCCGCUGCUGGGAUGGAAGCAGGCGCGCUCGCCGGACGACACCGCUUGUGACAUCACUGAGGAGCCUUACUACGCGCUCUUCUCCUCGCUCGCGUCCUUCUACAUCCCGCUAGCCGUCAUCCUCGCCAUGUACUGCCGGGUCUACAUUGUGGCUAAACGUACGAGUCGGAGUUUGGAGCUGGGCGUCCGGAAGGAGAGAAUAAACUCCACGGACGUCACGUUGAGGAUGCAUCAGUGCUCCAGGUCGCGCGAGGACUCGGCGCAGCACCAAAGGAGCGCGCUUUCGGUCACGGUCCUGAAAUUCUCCCGGGAAAAAAAGGCAGCCAAAACGGUAGGAGUUCUGGUCGGAGCGUUCACCGUGUGCUGGCUGCCGUUCUUCAUCACCUUACCCAUCGUCUCCUUCAACGCUGACCUGCGUCCUCCAGACACCGUCUUCAAAUUCGUCUUCUGGCUCGGUUACUUCAACAGCUGCGUGAACCCCGUCAUCUACCCGUGUUACAGCCGUGAGUUCCGCAGGGCGUUUGCUCGAACCCUGCGCUGUCGGAGGCGCGGCUCGGUGUGGAGGACGUUUCCGCCUCACGGCACCUCGUCCUGCCAGACCAGGAAAGACUCCAGAGACUCCAUGGAGAACUUUGGCAGCUACGUGUAUGGCAGCCAGAGGACGCUGUCCUUCUCCAGCCCAUGUCCCAGUCCUGCCUUUCACAGCAAGAGUCCGUUUCCGUUCCCAGACCAUGGACACUUUCACCCACGGAGCAGGAACAACUCGGUUUUUGCAGAGAGCGUUACAACAGAUCAUCCUCUGGAGCCUGUUAGGGAGGACACGCUGCAGGACAACGGACAAAUAAAUCCCAUAAACGCAGAGACGUUCUCCAACAGCGAGACGAAAGAUCAGUCAAGCAGCAGAGAACAUUGUUCUUAAACCUAGCAACUAAUAAACUCUGUGUUUAAGUCAUUCUAAAGUUAUAAAGAUUGGACUUAAUAAGAUAGAAAUGUAUGAAAUGUUCUAUUUUCCCCAAACUUUGUCAGUCAUCCGAGAUAUUUACACAGUCUGAGGUCAACUUCUUUACUGUUAGCACAAGAAGCUAAUACAGAAGUUGAUAUGCACCAGACUGGCCACCAGUUUAACUGUAACUACAUAAUUUGUGUUUUCUUAAUACAUCUUCUGCUUCAUUAGUAA